GUGGCUGGAGCCUCACCGGGCGCUGGCAGUCGCCUUGAGCCGCCAGACGGGUUGGUUGCUCUGCCUUGCCCUCCUCCUUCCUUCGCAGAUCCGGAGCGAGUCCGCUUUCGGGUGGGAACCAGGCUCCUUCGGAGGAAGUCCCUUGCCUGCCUGCUUCUCUCCCUCCCUCCCACCCCAUGGGCCCCCUUGGGAGCCUCCUUGCCGCCUUGCUUGGCCUCCUCCUCCUCCUGCCAGGCUCGCUGGGGCAGACGGUGCGUGUACGCGAUGAGGUGACGGGCUUCCUGGGCCAGGAGGCAGUGCUGCCCUGUCACUUUGUGAAGGCGGCUCCGGACAUCAAGGUCAGCCAGGUGACCUGGAUGAAGGAGGCGUCUGGGCGCAAGCAGAACGUGGCGGUCUACCACCCGGAGCACGGGCCCAGCUUCCCCAUGGACCGCGAGGGCACACGCAUCCGCUUCCGCACCCCCUCGCUGGAGGACACCACCCUGGUCAUCGGGCCCCUGCGCCUGGACGACGAGGGCACCUACUUCUGCGAGUUCGCCACCUACCCCGGGGGAAACCAGGACGGCGUCACACACCUCAUCGUCCUCGCCAAGCCCACCAACACAGCCGAGGCCCAGGAGGUGAAGGUCAGCAGCCUGGAGCAGCCUGUGGCCACCUGCACCUCCGCCCAUGGCAAGCCCCCCGCCCGCAUCACCUGGCAGUCCAGCCUCGGAGGCAACUCCAGCAUCUCGGAGGUCACCAACGCUGAUGGCACUGUCACCGUCACCAGCCAUUACCGCCUGGUGCCCAGCAAGGAGGCCAACGGGCAGCGGAUCACCUGUGUGGUGGAGCACAAAGCCCUGCCCCAACCUGAAGCCCUCCCCGUCACCCUCUCCAUCCUGUAUCCUCCCGAGGUGUCCAUUGUGGGUUAUGACGACAAUUGGUACCUGAGUCGCAAUGAGGCCAUGCUGACCUGUCGUGCUGAUGGCAACCCCAUGCCCACCGAGUUCAUCUGGAGCACGUCCAGCGGUCCGCUUCCGAAGACGGUGACGGUGCAAGGCGGGAACCUCCUGGUGCAAAACGUGGACGCCUCCGUCAACACGACCUUCAUCUGCCAGGCCACCAACCGCGUGGGGCAAGUGGCCACCGAGCAGGUCAUCUUCGUGAGAGACCGGCCGGCGAGGAGGCAGAGCGGCGGCGCUGGAGCCUUGGCGGGGUCCAUCGUGGGGGGCCUCCUGGCCGUGGCCAUCCUGGGGGCCAUCCUCACCGUCUUCCUCCUCCGCCGGCGCCGGCGGCAACGGGAGCAGCGGGGCGGCAAGGGCUCCUACGACCCCAAGACCCGCGUCUUCGGCAACGGGACGGCCCCUCCGCCCGCCAGGGACUUCGCCGAACUCGACCGGCCGCUCAAAGCCGCUCCGGGGAGAAGGCGAGACGAGGACGAGGAGGACGACUACGACGACGAGGACGAGCGCGAGGAGCAGCGGCCGCCUCCGUAUGGCUACGCCGGCCACCAUCACCACCGCUUCGAGGACGAGGACCAGCUGGGGCCUAUGCUGCGGCUGGGUCCGGCCCUUCACGGCUACGAAUACGACGACAUGGAGUCCCAGCACGACGGCUCCAUCAUCUCAAAGACGGCAGUCUACGUUUGAGCCUGGAAAGAAAGGAAAAGGACUUUUUCUCCCUCUCCAAAAUGACUCUUACGAGCGGAGUUUGGGACCGUUUGGAGGGGAACCUUUCCAAAAGCAAGAGCUGCCCGAGAACAAUCAAUCCUUUGGCGAGAGGGACCUCCUCUCCCAGAAACCAUUCGGGGCAAACAGGGAAGUUUGGUUUGUUUCAAAGAUCCUCUUAAGCCCCUUCCAUAAUGUAAUGGACUCCUUUUUGGGGGGCCAGGAGCUGUUUUGGGGGACUAUUCCAAAGUCGAGCGCUGCGAGAGAACAAUCCCUUGGGAAGAGGGGUCCUCCUCUCCAAGAUACCAUUCGGGGAAAACAGGGGAGUUUGGUUUUGGUGUUUUUCACAGACAGAUUUUAACUUUCUUCCGUAAUUUAUGGGCUCCUUUUCGGGGCUCGGAAUCUGUUUGGGGAACCUUUCCAAAGGCAACAGCCACUCAUCCCUUGGAAAGAGGGACCCCCUCUCCGAGAAUUCGGGGGUUUUCAUGUUGGUUUUUAAAGAACUGAAGACUUCCCUGGACUUCCGAGAAGUUUUGUCUGUGCUGCUGCCUUAACAAGAUUUAAAUGUGUGUGUGUAUGUGUGUGCGUGCGGUGGUUGUUCUUCAAUGUUAAGAGGACUGUAUAACUGGGCUUCGGGGCAGCUUUGUCGGGGGGAAAAUAAAAGGAACCAGUGUAGCCUUGCUUUCGUGUAGAACUCCAGGUUCCGAUGCCGGUUACAUCUCUCCCUUUUGGCGUCGGUGCUUUGAUUCCGGUGCUAUAUCUCCCCAGCCUGGUGCUGGGAGGAACCAACUGGGCUCCCAGUGGAGAUGCUGGCCUUUCUUUUCUUCCCAAACCAAGGUUGCUUUGGCCAAUUGGACCCGGGUUUCUCAUUACCCACUAAGGUGCAAGGCUUUCCUCUUUUGCACCAAGAUGCAGUGCAUCCUCUUUUGCACCAAGGAGCAAUGCUUCCUGUUCCCAUCAAAGAGCAAUGCUUCCUGUUCCCAUCAAAGAGGAAUGCUUCCUAUUCCCAUCAAAGAGGAAUGCUUCCUUUUCCCAUCAAAGGGGAAUGCUUCCUAUUCCCAUCAAGGAAGAAUGCUUCCUAUUUUGCACCAAGAUGCAGUGCAUCCUCUUUUGCACCAUGGAGCAAUGCUUGCUAUUCCCAUCAAAGAGCAAUGCUUCCUAUUCCCUUCAAGGAGCAAUGCUUGCAAAUCCCAACAAGGAGCAAUGCUUUCUAUUUUGCACCAAGAUGCAAUGCAUCCUCUUUUGCACCAAGGAGCAAUGCUUCCUGUUCCCAUCAAAGAGGAAUGUUUCCUAUUCCCAUCAAGGAAGAAUGCUUCCUAUUCCCAUCAAAGGGGAAUGCUUCCUAUUCCCUUCAAGGAAGAAUGCUUGCUAUUUCCAUCAAGGAGCAAUGCUUCCUAUUCCCAUCAAGGAAGAAUGCUUCCUAUUUUGCACCAAGAUGCAGUGCAUCCUCUUCUUCACCAAGGAGCAAUGCUUCCUAUUUUUUACCCAGAA